AUGGCUGCUUCUACGAAUCGUCGCAGUCACACUUCUACUACCCACAAAAAGCACGAUCGCCGCUCGGAAGCGGACAAGAGCAAGAAGGAAAAGAAAUACGUUACAACCAAUGCCAUCUUCAAGGACAAAUCCAAUCGAAUUCACAAGCGCGCAAAAUCAUCGCCCAAAAACAAGAAGAGUGGUCUAGCCAAGAGCCGUCUUCGUCGCGAACUCUCUUCGUCUCCACCACCAAGAAAAAGUUACACCCUCGCCGACGAAUCAAAUGGUAUGUAUAGCGGUCCAACACUCACGUCCUAUCCGUCGCUGCAUGCUGAUAUAUUCUCAGAGGUUCUCAAUAGCUACAGGAGCCAUGUAGUCGAUGAUGCUGAUCAGAUGAUCGCUUCUGCCUACAAGGACCUCGUUCAAAAGCUUGAUCAAACCACUCUCGGACCCGAUGCAUUGAGUACUCGGAUCGCCCAGUCUAUCAAAGCCGCCCAAGGCAUGUGCACUCCGUUCGCCAAUCAGGCUUUCAGGGUACAAGUCAAGGAUGAUGAUGGAAACAUUACCCGCGAAAGAACAACCACCAUCGGUGAAACUGUGAAAACAUUCGAACGGCUGCUCCAUAAGCAGAAAGAUGAGCUUGAAUCUCUCUGGGAGAAAUGGGAGGACGUUCGCCAAAAGGUUGCAGCAACUGGUGCCAAAAUCCUUCAUGACCCAAAGUUCCCAGCUCAAUUCGGUCUCGAAGCCCUGGAUAAUCGCUUUAGCGCGCCGUCUCGCACAAACCCUGAGGUCGAGAAUCUUCGCAAAGCAAUCAAGAAGGAAACCGACAUGGCUCACAAGGAACUUGACCAGGAAGCCAUGGAUGAUGUCAAAAAGCACAAAGAGUACACAAGAAUGUGGGCCAAGUGGUUGGAUGACGAGUGCAACUGA